AUGACUGCUACUGAACAUUCGGCAAUGCUGGUGCUGCCUGCUCCUACUAGCCCUCCUAUUACCGCCUCGACGAAUGACCUGGUGCCUCGCGUGGUGUCGUUGAACAAGUUGACCAUGCUCCAUGAAGAAUCACUAAGAGACCGCUCCAAUGACCGCCUGGGCUUGGCUGACCAUUGCUCUGAACCGUACUCGCUUGCUCCUUCGAUUGAUGAGAAGGUCUUGCUGGGAAGCCUCAAGUCGGAUCCGGGCUUGUUGGGGCACGAUUUCGAAGAUGGCAUUCCUCGUCUCUCGGGAGUGAAGAGCAAACGCCUGUCUUCGGCGUCCAACGACCUGGUCCAUGAAAGAGACAGAUUUAGAGCUAGGUUUCAUACCAUGAACACUGCUGCGGCUGAUAAUCCUAUUGACGAAGAGAAGUCUACUGAGUCUGAAUGUGAGGUCUGCUACGGUAUCAGUUCUAAAACAAAGAAACUAAACGUGGAGGCUGACUCUCCUUCGUCAAUAUACUCAUACCUGGAGCUGCUUUCCCCGCUAGACCCAGCUUCUGAAUACUUUUCCACCUUCCUACCGCCUGUGCUGGAUUCCGUCAACGCUGCUCGUGAAAUAGACGUUAGAACAAUCUCCCCUACGCGGCUUUCAACAGUCUUCCAGUGGUAUUUCAAUAAACCGCUACCGCCUACCAACGAGAUGUUCCCAUGGCUUCACGGCCUCCACCCUGAAAAUUUUACCCAACGGUCGUUUUUCGUUUUCCAGCAAAUGGCACAUACCCAAGACGCUGAAGCUACGUCUAAUAUUGACUUCAAUAUGCAUUUUGCAAGACCCGAAAAUGCUAGAUUCCUUAUAUCCAUUGACGCUGACAUGGACACUUGCCCAGAGAAACAUGUCAUUCAUAAUUCCAUUGGGUUGGAUGAGGUGCUUAAGAAAAUUGAGUUCUCUAGAAGGGAAGUGGAGAAGACUAUCUUGUCUUUUGUUUUGCAGAUAUUCGGCGACUCUUUCUCCGCAAAAACCCUAGAGUCACUUGCAACCACGAUCACUAGCGACUGCUUCAUCACAGGUUUCAUGCCUGAGUUUCUUAACCUUGAUCCAGACAGGGGCAUCUCUUUGAGAAACUUCCACAUUCAGGUCGCCAAGCUGGCUCGGUGUGCCGACUUUGUGGUUUAUGCUUCUCCUAAAGCCCAAGCUGAGGGUAGGUCCAAGGCUGCAAGUGUUGCCAGACUCCUUCGACUUGCACAGGUUGUCGACGAGAGAACCAACCCCAAGAAGUACAGUGUCUUUUUGCUCCAGCCACAGGAAGCUUCAGAGGCCGUUGAAAACGCUUUUGAUAUUUAUACUCCCCGGCCCACAGCGAAGGCCAGAGAAAUCCUCAGUUAUGACAAAUGGACUGAACUCUUCCACCACUGUUUCAACCAUAUGAAGAACCAUUACUUCCCACUUUGGGAUUCAAAUUUGCAGCUCAAGGAGAAGCUAGAAACUACCGUCAUGUCUGCUGCUUCAAGGUUGCAUCAAAACGUUUGGCUGGGAAACGCAUGGGAUCAUGAAGCUAUGGUUCAUUUAUUGCGUCUGGAGGAUUAUCCGGAAGCUAUUAAAGAAGAUUCCAAAGAUUAUCCAAGCGUGCCACCAUACUGUGAGCCAUCUCGUUCGACAGUAUUCCAUGAUGAGCUCACGCCGCAAAACUUUGGAGAGUCAUUACCAAAGCCAAGAGCCCAUUGGAAGCUUUUUGUCCACUGUCAUAACGAUGCAAAGUUCCCUGACAUUGAUUUGCUUUCACAGUUACUUUUCAAGUACACUAUCACCACACAUAACGCUGCAGAAGUUGACGAUAUCCACCACCUUGACUUUCCCUCGUCUGGCUCCAUCGGUAUAGGUGAUUGCAAGCAAGAAAACUUGAUGUGUAUCGUCAAUACCUGCAAGUUGUUAUACCUUUAUUCAUCUUCAACCACACCAGGAAGUUUAUCUUCCCUUAUUUAUUGCUCAGACGGGUAUACUGAGCUGUCGUUGCUCAUUUUCUGUUAUAUCAUGUACGCUGAGAACGUUUCUUUGAGCGAUGCCAUGAUUCAAGUCCACCUGAAUUACGGAAGACCAUUUUACAUCUUCAGCAGUGACGUGGUGAUUUUGCGGAAACUUGAAAUCCUCAUGCGGAAGUUUAGUCCAAAGAAUCCUAUGAAGAAAGUGCAAUGGAAUGAGCUGGAAGUGAUCACCAGCAAGGAACUCAACGAGGUUCUUCUAGGCCCCAUCAGGGCACAACCCGCAAGGCACAUUCCAUCUAAGUUUCGGUUAGGCUACAUCCGAAACGACUCUGACAGUGACUCCUCAGAUACAGAGGACGACGAGGAGCUUAACGACACCUCGUCGUACCUUGAUAAAGAUUGGGUAGAAGAUGUGGAGGGGUCGUUUCCUUCGAGAAUCCUUCCGUAUCUAUAUUUGGGUUCGCUAAAACAUGCAAACAGUUUGGCACUCUUGUCUCGGCUAGGAAUUAAGUGUGUGAUUAGCGUUGGCGAGAACCUAGAUUGGCUCCAUGGUCACAAAUUCCAGCACAAUAAUGACAUCGUCAUCGAUGAGCUAGACAACGGCAACAUUGAGCAGUAUACGAUCGAGCCAAAGGAGGCUGGCCUCAACCGCAGCAAGGUCCGUUGCUCAGUACAGCUGGUGAUGAAGGUGAACAAUCUACAAGAUGAUGGAAUUGAUGAGCUCAGCAAUGCGUUGCCGUCGAUGUUAAAGGCUAUUGAUGAAGAAUUCAAGCGAAGCCAUGGAGAUACGAAGAUCUUGGUGCAUUGCCGAGUUGGGGUGUCGAGAUCAGCCACGGUGGUUAUUGCCGAGGUGAUGAGGCGCCUUAGACUCAGCUUAGCCCAAGCGUACUUGUACGUGCGUGUUAGGAGAUUGAAUAUUGUGAUCCAGCCUAACCUACGGUUCAUGUAUGAAUUGUUCAAGUGGGAAGAAGAAGAAGAAGCCAAGAAGGCCGAACGAGGAGCGGUGAUUCGAAAGAUCGACUGGUUCAUGAUGUGCCGGGAGAUCGAGAAGUUGAACCUUCCGUACUUGAACAGCCGGUGA